CCUGCUCUCCUGGAAGGCCAUCGAGCCCAUGGCGCAAGACCGUGUCCAAGCGCCCCUCUUUCACUCGCCUCCUCUCCUCUCUCUCCCUGUGUCUCUUCUGCUCCUCCCCAUCAACCCCCCCACUUCCCCCUGGAUUUCCGCCAUGGUGCCUGUGCAGCUGGCAGAGAAUUGA